AUGGAAAACAGAAAGGAGAAUUUUAAUUAUGCCAAUGAACGGAUCCAGAACGCCUAUGCGGAGUAUAUCAAUAGAACCAUGCACGGUAGAUAUCCACCAAACAUUCAUCCAUGUUACUUUGCUGACCCGAACCUUCUGAUGAAUAAAACACAAAUUCAUCCAGGAAACUACAGAUACUUCAGUAAGGAAGAAUGCCAGCCCUUCCACCAAACAGGCAUUUAUGGAUACUCUCCUGAGCAAGUCGAUCAAGAAAGAAUAAAAAGUAUCUGGAAGAAGGAAAGAAAUCGCAUUGCCGCCAAAAAGAGCAGAGAAAAGAGAAUGACUCGUCUAAAGGAGCUUGAGGGAAAGGAGCAUGCAAUGAUAUGCGAAAUAUCAGAGCUAAAGGAAGCCAUAUAUGACUACGAUAGCAUCCUGGAGAUUCUUCUUCGACACGUGCAAGGCCAUCUGAAUCGAAAAGAAGAGAUGGACAAAAGCUUUGUUCUUUUGCUUGAUCAUCUCAGCCGUCUCAAAAAGCCUGGUACGCUGAGGCCUAUUUAUCUUCGCGACGUUGGGCAUUUGUUAUCGAAGAGACUAAGUGUAACCAAUGAAGAGAUUGACAGAAUAGCUGAGGCGAUACAUAAUUCCCUUGGCAAGCUUCUUGAGAAAGAUUAA